AUUUAGCUAUUUGUAAGAGUUUCCUAGGCAAAAUGACAGUGUCCUUGCAAACACGUGUUUUCUACGGUUUGAAAACAGAUAUUAUUGGUAAUGCUCAUUACAUCACGGAUGCAGAUAUUUUGUAUCCAGUUGGAAAUGUAUUGGCAAUUCACAAUAUUCUUCAGCAUCAGCAAAAGUUGAUUCGAUUGCCCGACAAGUAUCAUGCAAAUGUCAUUUGCGUUUCGCCUAACAAGAAAUACGUCGCUCUAUCUGAAGUGAGGGAUAAACCUACUAUAUCCGUUUACGACCUCAACUCUCUGAAGCGCAGAAAGCUGCUAGGAAUACCUUUCGGUCCGGGAGUGACUAGAUUUACAAGUAUAGGUUUCACUUUCGAUAGUAAGAAUCUAGUAGCGAUCACCGGUGAGCCCGAUCAAACGAUGCUCUUCUACAAUUGGGAGAAGGGCAAGGUCGAGUCGACGUUCAAGCUGGCGAAUCCUCAAAAUCCUCUGGCGAUCGCCGAGAUGUUGGCCUGCAAUCCGACAGACGCGGCAGUGGUGGCAGUCGGUGGUCCGUACAACUUCAAGUUCCUCACGGUCUCUGAGACGGUGUGGCGUCCGUAUGGCUUCGCCAAGGCGGAGAACCUUCUCGUUUGCUCGAUGACUUGGUUGGACGGCGACCGACUGCUGGUUGGUACCGAGGACGGUCGUGUGCUGUAUCUAGAAAACGGUGAUUUAAAAAAUAUCUAUUGGAUAGCAGACACGGUGUCGAUGAAUCUCAAGAUCCGCGAGGAAUUCGUUAUGCCUGCCGCAAGCACUCUGGACAAUGCUCGCGACGACGUCGCUUGGGAGCAGAACGUGUGCUGCUUGAUAGCAUUUCCACGCGGAUUUGCCUAUGCUCAUGGCGCGGGGACCAUAGUAUUUUUCGAAAAGGAAGGGAAGCACAAAUAUACAAAAAGGAACGUCUAUGUGCUUCCGGAACGGGUGAUGAAGAACGGCGAUCCAGAGCUGUACAAGAUUAACACAAUCGAUGUGAAUCCCGGCUUCGACCGGCUGAUCGUCACCGCCGGUUGGUCCCAAUUGUACUACGCGGCAUUGUGGGGUCCGGAUCUGCAGAUGGACCCGGAACCGCAGAAACUCAAAGUCAUGGGCCAGUCGUUGCAUCACGGUGCCAUCAGUGGUCUCGCCAUGUGCGCGUGGAAGCCGGUCUUCAUGACGUGCGGCGAGCUGGAUCGUAGCGUCCGACUGUGGGAUUUCGAAACCGAGAGCCUGAUCAUGCUGAAACAAUACGCCGAAGAUAUAUACGGCAUCGCGUUACAUCCGAUGGGACUGUUCUGCUUGAUCGGCUUCACCGAUAAGCUGCGCUUCAUGAGCAUCCUGAUCGACGACAUGUUGCCGAUGCACGAGAUCGCCAUCAGGAGCUGUAAGACGGUCCACUUCAGUUACGGCGGUCACUUGUUCGCUGCGGUCAACGGCAACGUCGUCCAGGUGUACACCACCAUUGGCUUCUACAAUCCUUUCAUCCUCAAGGGACAUACGGGCAGGGUGAAGGCUCUUCUCUGGUCGCAAACAGAUCAGAAGAUGCUGAGCAUGGGCACGGAAGGUGCUAUAUAUGAGUGGGACAUGACCACCGGCACGCGAUCCAGCGAGAUCAUCUUGAAGGACAUCAUCCUGCAUGACAUUGUGCUCUCUUCGGAUACAUCGUUCUUUUAUUGUAUCGCCCAUGACGAUCUUAUACGUGAAAUCAAGGAGAAUGCGGUAAUUCGAGAGUUUCGUUUGCCUGGCAAAAUGGACCAAAUAAUUAUGGGAAAAGAUGAUCUGACGUUAUUCGUAACUUCUCCUGGUGGUACUAUUAUUUCGUUGAAGAGUCCGCUUCAAACCCCGAUAGAGAUGCUAGACUUUCACAUACACAACGUCGAUAUUACACAGAUUGCGCUCGCUUACAAUGAAAAUUUUUUAAUCUCCGUUGCGAAAGACGGCAGUUUAUGCAUUUGGAAGUUAUACUAUCCCGAAGGAAACAUCAUGAAGAUGAGCAGAGACCUGCCAUACACGAACGAAGUGUUAAUCGGCAAAGGCGAUUUGGAGGAAAAGAUACACACGAUCAGGGAUCUGACAGUCAGGAUGAGAGAGUUAGAAACCGAGCACGCGUACAAACUCAGGCAGAUAGAUAUGCAACACAACGACAAGUUACGCGACGUACAUCAAGGCUAUUGUGAGGCUAUCAAGGAACUUCGAGAUAAAAUCGAGAAGCUUCAGGAGGAUCACGUGAAUGAGGUCAAUAACAUAAAUGUAGAAAUCGUGAAGAUGAAGAAGGCUCACGAGGACGCCAUGCAACAGAUGGAGAAUAAUUAUGAGAUCAAAUUAAUCACGGAAUACGAUAAGUAUCAGGCAUUCGAGGAACAUAAUAAUAUCAUGCGCGAGCAUUACGAAAAGCAAUUGAAAGAUCUCGAGGUGCGCGACGCUGAGGAGCUGCAGAGGACCAUGACGAAGUACGAAGCUCUGCUUCACGAAAAGAAGGUACAGUUGGAAGAAACAUCCGACGAGAUGGCACACAAGGGACGUGUUCACGAGCAUCUGAUGAGCCAGAUAGAGGAUGACGCAGAUCGUGAGAUUCUCGAAGUACGUACGAGGUACGAGAAUUUGCUGUACGAGGAGAGGCAGAUCAAUCUGAAGCUCAAGGGAGAAGCCGGAGUGAUGCGGAAUAAAUUCAUGGCCAGCCAGAGGGACGUGGACGAUCUGAAAAGACAAGUGAACCGUGUACAGGGUGAAUUCACGCAAUUCCACAAAAAUAUACAAGAUCUGGAGAAGCAGAUAGCGGAGCUGAGGAAAGAAAUCAGCGAGAGAGAAGCCACUAUUCAGGAUAAGGAGCAACAGAUAUACGACAUGAAGCGGACGAAUCAGGAGCUGGAGAAGUACAAGUUUGUGCUGGAUUACAAGAUUCAGGAACUGAAGAAUCAAAUAGAGCCGAGGAAUCGCGAGAUACAGGAACUGAAGGAGAAUAUUCGGGACAUGGAGGCGGAGCUCAUGAGUCUUCACAAGACCAACAUGGGCUUGGAACAGCAGCUGCACGAGAUGCGCGAGAAAUUGCACGCUGCACGUCAAGAGCUCGAGCGCGAAGCGCACAAUAACAAACGGUGCCAGCAGCUUUUGCGCAAAAUUCGCGUUGACAUUCUCGACACCGCCGGCCUCGUACAAGAGCCGAACGUUUUGAAAACAGCGGUGACAGACCUGUAUCACAAAUACAGCGCGGAUGAUGAAUUUAUACGCAGUCGCAAAGCAGAUGUGGACGCGCAGUGCGAAUUUAUUAAGCAACGGGAUCAUUUGGAAAGGACCAUCGCAUCUCUGAAAAAGCAGGUUUCCCAGGAUACCAGUGACAAGGAUUAAAAAAUAAAGGAGGAAAAUAGUAUGCUCAUUGCAGAGCUGAAUACUCUGAGGGAGGAAUUGAAAGAGACGCGAAAGCAUAUUUUUCAUAUGGAGAGUCUCUUGGGUUUUACACGAAAAGAUGCGCGAUCUGCAGGAGCGAGAAAGACAUUGGAGAAAGUAUAUCGCGAAUACGAGGAGCUGCAAGAAAAAUAUACGACACAGAUGCGAGAGUAUCAGCAAGUUAUUCUAGCAUUGAAGGAAGAUAUCAAACAACUCUUGAGUAAAGUUCCUGGUGAAGAAACAGAAGAAAAUAAAUCUUCUUCAAUGUGUGACUCCGCGAUGUGAAAUACAUUCGUUUUUUCAGAGAAGUGAGCUUUUUAAAAAUAACUUUGACCAAUCACUAUCUUUCAACAGC